GUCAGGGGUAUUGUAGUGGGAUGGAACUCUGUGGCGCGAUCUGUUUUGCUGUCACUUAUGACAUGUUUAGUUUAUAAAUCUCUAGCAAUCUUUGGGUAAUCCUUUUCGUGCUCUUACCUCUUUCAUUAGUUUUAGUCUAGUUUCUCGUUAUCUCUCUUGUACAUUUUUGUUGGCUAAUAUUUCUAAUUCAAGAUGCCAAAGAUGGCAGCUGACCCUAUAAGUCACCCGUACUGGCCCAGAGACCUGUCCAUCCCAAACUACACAGAAAACGAGCGCUCCAUGCAGGAGAUUGUCAUUUUCCUCUUCUCUGUGUCAGGACUGUUGAUGUUGUUUGCCUGGACUCUGACGGGAAAGAGCGUUGGAGGAGGAAGACUGAGCACCUGGAGAAGGUUAGCACUGUGCUGGUUUACAGUCUGUGCCUUCAUCCAUGGUGUCAUCGAGGGCUGGUUUUCUCUCUAUUACACCAUAAUUCCAUCAGACCAGAGCUUCCUCUCUCAACUUUGGAAGGAAUAUUCAAAAGGUGACAGCAGAUAUGUCAUAGCAGAUAAUUUCACUGUGUGCAUGGAGACAGUGACUGCGUGUCUAUGGGGACCUUUCAGUCUGUGGAUUGUUGUGGCCUUCUUGUAUAAUCAUUCCUACAGAUUUGUUCUGCAGCUAAUUGUAUCUCUAGGGCAGCUGUAUGGAGCAGUGCUCUACUUCUUCACCGAAUAUAGAGAUGGGUAUAUGCACAGCGAGUAUGGACACCCCAUCUAUUUCUGGUUCUACUUUGUCUUCAUGAAUGUCCUAUGGAUCGUGAUCCCUUUUAUCCUUAUUAUGGAUUCGUGGUUCCAGCUGAGUAGCACCCAAGCCUUGGCAGACAAAACAGCCCCCAAAAGAAAGAUGAAAUAGAUGAAGAAGAAAAUUUAAAAAAGGGAAUAAAUUACUGUGCACCGUUCUAGGUGACAUUUGAAUGUAAUUGUGGUUUGUGGUUAUUUUAUAUUACAUUCAUAACACUAUUUAGGUAUACACAACCACACAGUUCAGUCAUUUUUUUGCAUUCGUGUGAUUAAAAGUAAAUUUGCUUUUA